AACAUUUUAAAGUGGUGGUUGGUGAGAGUGUAACGGAUCAAAAGUGAACAAAGUGAUUUUUAACCGAGAAAAAACCCUGUCUCCGGCCGCGGCCACGGCACCGCCACAAGGCAUCUUCACCAUUUUCCUGCCUUCUUCUUCACAUCUACUCUCUUCUACAACCUACGCCGCCACACCCUCUCCGCCACUGUCACACACCUCCAUCGCCUACGCUGCUGCAACGUUUCUUUCUCCUCUCACUAUCACUCUCGGCUGCAACCUCGCCGGCACUCACCACUGCCCAACCUUCUUCUGAUCCUCGCCGACGGCCCACUGCAUUCCUCUGCUCGUCGCCAAGGUCGCACAACCCACCAUCUCUCUAUUGCUGAGUUCGCAAGAUUCAGGGUUCCAAACAGAGAAUUAUUCUCCGGCAAUUAAAGACUGCAGGCUAUAAAAAUUCUGCAGUCUUAGUUGCUUUCUGCUUUGGCUCUGUCGAAGAUCGCGUCUGGGUGAUCGCAUGUCGAUGGGGAGCGAUACCACUUGGGUUGGAAAGAAACCUCUGAGGCGAAUCGGAGGAAUGUCCGAUGCUCUCUCAAUUGCUGCCGAUCUCGGUUUCUCUGUCUCUCCUCCGCCUUCACAGGAAGAACUACAAAACAUAUCUUCGGCUACUGGUGAGAAGGGUGAUGAUCUAAUCAGAGUUUUACGAGAACUUACUGCUGUUCAAAGGAAAAUAGCAGAUCUUCAAGUGGAACUCCAAGGCCGUAAGGAUGACAAGAAUGUAGCUCAUUUGACACAUGUGAGUGAAAUGGAAAAGAAGAUUGAAACUUUAUCAAGGAUUACUACCAUAUUGAAAGAUGUCAUCCAGAAUAAGGAUCGUAUAAUUGCUCGUCUUCAGCAACCAUAUUCACUCGAUUGCAUUCCAGUGGAAGCAGAAUUUCAGAAACAAUUUUCUGAGUUAUUGAUGAAGGCUGCUAGUGAUUAUGGAGCUUUGACAGCUUCAGUUGCAGAUUUCCAAUGGAGUCAAAACUUCAAGGAGUCACCUUCAGUUUGGGGGGAAAUGCUUAGGCCCAUCCCUGUAGCUUUAGCUUCUUGCACUAGAUUCUUUGAAGCCAUGAGUGCUAUGAGGGAAUCGUUUGCAACCCUACAAAAUCUCAGAGUAGGUAAUCCCAAUCCAUCUUUGCCUACAACCCCACCUAUCGAUUCAUCGCUUCGACUAGCAGGUGAAUCCGACUGCAUCACACCGCCUCCAUGGCGAUCCGAAUCAAGCUUUGAUGACUUGGCCAUCAGAACCGUGCAUAGGCAAGAAAAUGGGCAGCCACAAGCUGGGGAUGAACACAGUGAACAAGAUGACUAUGACUCGAAUCAGGUCAAUGGCUCAAGCCAUCGAAGAUUGUCAUGGCCCCCAUCCAUUAAAAAGAGUGGCAUUUGAUUGUUGGGUGUAGUCGUACCAUCGUGCUUUGAGAUGAUAAUUAGUGUCUUUAUCCACUUAACUUUGAUUGGCUUUGAUGUUGCAGUUUUGAUAUAAUAGUUCUCUAGUUGAUUCAAACAUUAUCAUUUUAUGUACAUGUAAAAGCCUGAUUAGAUUGAUUCCAGUCACUCGACUAGUAUUAAUAGUUAGUACUGUAAACAAGCAUCAUUUCAACAACAUUGGUUUAAUCGAGAUUUGUUAAAUUGUUAUAA